AUGGACUCAGACACGGGCCUGGGAGAAUUCAGGUACCUCCAGAACGCAAUCGACGAGGGCGACUUCUUCAACGGAUCUGGUCUGAAGGAUCUGUCGGCCCAUGCUGGCACUCACGUGGACUCACCAGGCCACUUCAUCAACGAAGCUUAUUACGCCAAGAAGGGCGUGCAUCAGUUGGAUCUAGACAUCCUCAAUGGGCCAGCAGUGGUGAUAGAGGUGCCAGACAACACGAACAUAACAGCGGCGGCACUGGAGGCACUGGCAAUCCCGCCCGGCGCAGUGCGAUUGAUCUUCAAAACGCUCAACACCAAAAAGAAGCUCAUGACGCAGACGAAGUUUGACCCAACCUACACGGCGGUGACUAAGGAUGGGGCUGAGUGGAUUGUGGCCCACCCGCACAUCAGGCUGGUGGGCAUCGACUACUUGUCGAUCGCGCACUACGCGGAUCUGAUCGGGCCGCACAUUGUAUUAUUGUCAGAGGAGAUCAUUCCAUUGGAGGGGUUGGUUCUAGAGGAGGUGGAGGCGGGUCUGUACACGCUGCACUGCCUGCCACUCAAACUGGUGGACUCGGACGGAGCGCCCACCCGCUGCAUACUGAUGCCCUAA